UUUUCCCCGUGGCUUUGGGGACGUAUUCAUUCAGUCUAGCACGCAUUGGUUGUCAGCGCCAGAGUCCGCGCUUCACGACAUGGGGAGAAGGGUUCGUUCUGCUGAUAGGUGACAAGCUUCUGUUGCCGAGAGCCCAGCACUGAGGAGGCAUUAUGGACUCAACGUUUCAAAGGCCACGGGAGCCUCCACAGCCCCUUAAGCACCUCUUACAGAAUUAUACGACUUCUCAUCCCCUUCGAUCUCCUUCACCACUACCUGCAUCCUCUCGAGUCGAUCCAAAAUUGACCCAGAGACUCCCACCGGCAGCAUCGAAUCCUUUAUUUUGGACCAUCCCCACAUGGAUAGCAUUCGUGAGAUUCGCCAUAGCAAAAGGGAUCUACGUGAUAUGGAGUCUGGUCAUGCACUUUUUGAGGGGGCCAGUGAGGCGAAGCUGGGGCUACAGGAUGACAUUUAUCACUUCAUUCAUGCGAAAUGUCGCAGACUACACCAGUCUUGCGGACAUCGUCCUCAUUCGAAGGCUCAUAUCCUUGUCCUUCCUCAUUCCCUUACCCGCAGAUGCCGUUGUCACACCUAUCACAUUUCUGGUACCUAGGCACACAGGUCCUGAUGUUGCAAGGGGUUUUCUCCGCGAGCUAGACUCUAUAGAGAGUGGGAAUCGAGAAUUGUCUGGAGAAUGGGUUGUCGGAACAGACGUCUGGAAACGUCUGAAAGCGGAGAAGAGGGCGAGAAAGAUGGGAAGAGGAACUCUGCCUGGGAAGCGCUCGAACAGCUCUACUCCUUUGGCAGGUGGACAGCAAUCAGACGACACGCCGACUGCUCCAGUUCCGGCGAGUAUGGACAUGGACAAUGGUUCGGAGUAUGGGAGUCGAGAUCGGGGCAGUCCUUCGGAGAGAGUCAUCUAUUACAUUCACGGGGGAGCAUACUAUGUCGGAAAUGCGGCAACUCAUCGACUGAUCACCAUUGGCGUGAGCAAAGCUUGCAAUGCAAGAGUUUUUGCCAUCACCUAUCGCCUCGCUCCUGAGAACGUGUUCCCGCUGCCACUUCAUGAUGUCCUGCAUGGAUAUCUGCGCCUGCUCGCCCCUCCACUCUCGAUCCCACCGGAAAAUAUCAUCAUUGCUGGAGACUCGGCAGGCGGAGGCAUGAGUUUGGCUCUGUGCAUGUAUCUCCGGGAUGAAGGGUACAAGAUGCCAUCUGGCUUGAUCCUGAUGAGCCCUUGGGUCGAUUUGACGAUGAGCUGCGGGAGCUGGGACGAGUGCUCGGCUUGGGACGUGGUACCGCGUCCGACGAGCGAUGACCAUCUGAACCCCGUACUUUGCUAUCUAGGCCAGAAGGGUGUGAUCAAUCAUCUCACUCAUCCAUAUGCUUCGCCUCUCUUUGGGGACCUCCAUGACCUUCCACCAAUGCUCAUCCAAGCUGGAGACUCUGAAGUCCUGCGUGAUGAAAUCACGCUUCUGGCUCACAAGGCGACUCUAGCGGGCGUCGACGUCACGCAUGAGUUGUACGAAGAUAUGGUCCAUGUCUUUCAAAUGUUCACGUUCUUACCCGCUGCCAAAGUCGCCAUUAACAGUAUUGGACGGUGGGUGAGGACGGUCUUACCGCGUAUCGAAGACGAGAAAUCUCGUAAAGCUGCUAAGGACGUCGGUGAUGGUGUUGACGGGGAAACGGACAGUCCGGUUUCUAGGACAGUCAGAGAAAAGAGCAGUACGCUCAACAGAAGUGUUGGCCGAUCGCAUGGAUUCAAUCAGCCUCCUCCUCCUCGACUGGAGGAGCAGAGACGUCGCUCAUCCGCUUUCAACUCGUUGCAUCUGGUUGCUCGAGCACCCACCUCAGACCAACCUUCAGUGGACGUCGACUCCCUUCCAACAUCUGGAUCUCGUUCAGGAUCACCAACACCAACCGGAUCUCCUCUAUUCCCGACUAUCCCUGAUCCAUCCAGCUCCCACUUGCAUACCACUCAUGCGCCUCAGCUUCGGCGAGCACUGACCGCAGCGGCCAUCACCUCCUCGGCCAAUUCCUCACCUGCAAAUUCUCCUCCCAGGCCGGGGCGGCUACGUCCUCGCAGACGAACACAAGGUGCUGGAUCGCUCCACCUCUCGUCGCCGUCAACUUCUACGACGCCUUCGAAUUCGUCAAAUCCCGUCUCCCCCUCCCCAUCAAUACGGCCAAGACUCCGAUCCCCUUCCUCUGCGUCUCAGCCUACCGCUCGUCAUCGCAGUCAGAGUCACAGCGAUAUCUUUAGUCUGGUUGAGGGUUAUGUAGAAGGAGGAGCUGCCAACGAGACCGUUGUCUAUGCACCUGGAGGAGAGGUCCGAAGUGUGGGCGUACUGGGGGAGGAUGAGGACGAAGAGGAAUAGCAGCUAUUCACUCGUUGUAGUGUUCUAGGCCAAGAGCGUCACGUUGCAUGAGUGCGCAUGAAAAUUAUACUAAGCUA